AUGGUUCGCCAAUAUUUGAGUGACUCCUUUCCAGCUGAUGAAAAAGCCAAUGAUCCUACAGCAACAGCUGACUUCUCCGAACUUAGUUUCCCAGAUUAUUACGAUACAUCAAUACCACUCGGAUUAUUUCGAAUUAAUCAAGCAAUUCAAAAUUUCUCAAUUCCUAUAAACGAUAAAAUUUCCCUAAUGCCAAAUUAUAUUAAUCUUCAUAAGGAAAUGUUAGCAGAUGAGCAACAACGUGCAGGAUAUAUCACUCAUAAACGAUUGUAUUUUAGGAAUCUUGUCCAUCUGGGCAAAGACUGUCAAAAAGAAAACGCACCAUUUGUGUUCGGUAAUCAACGGAUUGUUUCAUUGAUGCAUGAAAGAAAUAUGCCUUUUGAAAUACCAUGUUUUACUUGUUUGAAGAAGCUACCAUCAGCUAAUAUUGUUAAUAAUUUUUAUAUCCUUCCACGCAGGGAUGUUUUUGUGCCAAUCCCAUUUAAUCAACGUAUCGAAGCGUUUUCUGCAUAUGAAUUUGACAUACAAAAAGAGGAUGAUAAUAACGACGAAGAAAAACAUUUAGUAAUUUCUCCAACAACAACAACUUCACUAUUAUUUGCAAAUGAAACCAAUGCGACAACGGAAAAAAUGACAACUAAAACAAUUAAAAUGGAAAAAAUAUUGAUGAAACGACAAUAUCAUCGAAUUCCAUUUGCUGCGUUUUUAUAUAAUUUCGCCACUAAAAAAUUUACGGAUCCGAAUGAUGAAGAUAAACGGACAGCAUUCCGCGGUCCAUAUCUUGCUGAUCGUUGGUGGGAUCGAAUGGUUGUUAAUGGGGAUAACUUAGAGGUAGCAAUACCAAUUCCGGAUGGUCGCUUACGAAUUAAUCCGGAUCCGGGUCGACUUCGACAAUAUUAUCCACAUUUUAAUAGUAUGACUAUUGUUUGCGCACAGCAAGUAGAUGGUGCACUAAUCGAAACGGAUGUCAUAGUAAACGUGGAUACGCUCGUGGAAGAUCCGAUUGAUGAAAAACCGGAAUGCUUAUUUAGUCUGCAUUUUUCCGAAAAACAAAAGCAGAAAUGUGCAACAAAAUAUCAUUCCUUUCAAGAGCGUCGCAAAGAUGAUUACGGUAAAUUGGAUUAUCGUUAUCGUAUUCGUGAUUAUCAACCAAUACCGGCGAAUUUUCGUGCUAUUAUGAAAUCGGAAUAUAACUUGAAAAUUGAUAUCGGUUAUGAGCAAUGGUCUUGUUGUACGGCAUGUUGUUGCACUAAGAAGGCUUGCCGUCGAGAAUUUGCUCUCGACAAAGAUGAAUGCAGAAAGUUGGAAAGUUAUCGUUCUCGUUUGGCUUAUAUGUCAUUUUUUAAAAUUGAUCCAUUAAAAAGAAUAACAUUAUCAUUAAAUGUUUCGAAAGAUAACAACUAUAUGAAGGAAGUGAUAAUGACAUUCGACAAAUAUCUUAGCUCAGAUCCAUACUUCACAAUCGGUAUUCCUAUCCAUUCUACCUUAAUGAUCACUGAUGCUUAUUGGAGGAAAUUACGACACCAUCUACUUGAACAAAUGUUAGGCAAAAAUUAUGCGAUACAAAAAGGAAAAGGUCGCUUGGGAUUGUUUGUUGAAUCAGAAAGUUGCGACGAGUCAGAACAAAAAUUAAAUUGUGACGUUCUCGAAAAGUGUCGUCAAGAUGCCCAACAGAUGCGAAUCUUUAGUGGAAAAAUGCGUCCAUUGAAAAUUAUCAAACCAUCAAAGAAUGUAUUUAUGGGAUGCAGUGAGGAAUUAAUUACGGAAGAAAUUAGUAUAAACGAUAUUGAAAAUUAUGGAGCAUUAAAACUUGGACAUAAUUAUUUAAUUAUAAUUAAUGAAACAAUUUUUGGGACAAUUAUUAAAGUAACCUGGAAAUCGGGAUUUUAUCAGAUUCCAGAUUAUAACUAUCAGUUACCAUGCUCAUUACAACGUGUUGCUGUUGCAUCGAAUAAAAAAGGCUUAUUGAUCAUUGGUGCUCGCAAGGAAGACACCCGAUGGCCAUAUGUUGGCAAAGCAAUCUUAGGUGAAGAUGGCAGCGAGACAUAUUUCAAAAUUAUACUCAAAUUUAUGAGGCCAGAAAUUGAUGAUCCAAUGACAACAACAUGGACUAUUAUCAUUUCUCUAAUGUUUACGAUUCUAUCAGUAAUAUUUGUUAUUGUUUAUGUCAUUGAAUUUCGACAUAAAAGAAGCAACUUUAAACAAUACUCACAUAAAGAAAGUUCCGUUUAG